AUGGACCUACCUGACAUUCAGCUGCGGGAAGACGUCUACGACAUCUCUCAGAAUAAUCAGAAUGACGGGAACCUCUUCCAGAACGGUGCCCUGGCCCCUUCGAAUUCACUCUUGGCGACGUCCUUGGAGUCGCUUUCCUUCCAGCUGGCCCGCCAAAAACAGGUUGCAGGCGGUCAGGUACCGGACUUUGACGUGCUCGCCACGCGUCUUACCGAGUUGGCAACCUUCGCAGCUUCAGAUGUUGUUGAUUUAAAGUCCUACGUUGAGGUCAUAAACAGCAACGCAUCCGUGGCUGUAAAGAUAAACGCUUACUACUUGGCGUCUAUGAAGGCGUGCGCGCAUUCCCAGCGUAACUAUCGUAUGACGUUGGCCUCUUUACGCGAGGAUCUUGUUAGAACUUGUGCAGAGGUAGACCCCGCCUUUUGGGUGACCUACUUCUCUAAGGUAACCUUCCCGAUAAAGCUGACGGAGAAUGAUAAGAAGCAUCUGAUGAUGGUAGACAAUGCCUUUGUCGAGUAUGUGGAGGCCGAUUACGAGGAGCUUGGUGCGGUUCUGCUCAAAGAGGAGACGUGCACUGCCCCGGUCUCCCAGGCCCACCUCCCGGGCUUCCGCAUCAACUUCCAGUUUAAGGACAGGUCCGUCAUUUCUAGUACGUGUCGCUACCAACUAGACUCGACUAUUAGCUUAGUCGUAGAGCGCAAUGUGGCAGGGCCAGAUGCCCUAGGGGUCCUUAAUUCCCUGGGCACUAACUACUACGGCCUCUUUUCUAUCUUCUGCCCGCCCUCGUCUGCAGACCUAGACCCUAAUAAUGGCAACGUUAGCGCCCACCAGAUCGCGCUGACUCGGGCAAAGAAGAUCGUUGAGACGGCUGUUAUCUUAAAGGCGGCCCUUACCGACCAUGUCUAG